AUCCUUUCUCAUAACGUUCGACAGAGCGCCGCGCAUUUGUUGACUUGUCGCUGGAGGCGGUUCUCCGAGUGUUUUCCGCCGUUGAAGCAGCGAAUGUUCAAAAUGAUCUUGCUUUGUUCGUGUACGACAAGGAGCUUGGAUUAGGAGAGAAUCAUGGCGUACCUCACGCAUUGCUGCUGUGGCUGCAUGACGGUCCGAACAGGCACCAAAGUGUUGGCCAUCCUCAGUGUUAUGGACGCCCUGGUUGGCAUCAUCAUCUAUGCGACGUUUUUGGUUUACCAGAAGGAGGUCGCGGAGGUCUUUGACGAUUUACCCUCGAUUAAAAGCUCGGUGGAAGUUAAGGUUGGGGAAUUCGUCGCUUACAUCGUCAUCGGCGUCAUUGGGGUCAUUGUGUCCAGCCUCUGUGUCAGGGGUGCCUACACGGAUCAGCGACACUACAUCCUCCCUUACCUAGUGUUUGAUUUCAUGGUCCUCGUGGUCCAGGGUAUCCUUGUCAUCUGGUUGAUCAUCGUCGUCAUAGCCAACGGUACCACCCAGAUCCUUUUGGUCGUCUGCAUUCGUCUGCUCUGGCUGUGCAUUUGGUGCUACUUCUACGUGGUGGUGCUGUCCUUCUACAAGCAGCUGGCAAAUGCUGCACACAACCCGGGCAUUUGCAUGGUGCCUGCGGAUCAGCCUGUCUCCCGUGGCACCUAUGUGCCACCUCGGAGCUACAGUUCCACUGCCCCGGAACCCCAGUGCUACUCGGACUCCAAGGUGGCCCUUGUGUGAAAAGCACAAACCCGUCUAGUUACUUUUAGGGCGCAGCUCUAAGGCGCCCGUUUUCGGGUUUCGCGGCGUCGGCGUCGACGUCGGCGGCGGAGUAACCGCGCUAAAUCGAGCGGGAAAAUUGACGUCACGUGACCUCAACACCAAUUCAAUUCCCCGCUAAAUUUAGCGGGGAAGAUGACGUGACAUGACUUGGUGUCACACUGUCACGUCACCGAAGAACAAAUUCAGUUUCUUCGCUAGAUUCAAUGGGAAAAUUGACGUCACAUGACCUCAACAGCAUUUCCCCGCUAAAUUUAGCGGGAAAAUUGACGUCACUUAAGGAGGAGGAGAGAGGACGAGGAGUAAAGGAGGGGGAGAAGGAGAGCAAGAGAUGGGUACGUAAGAGGAGGACCGGCAUACCCUCUCCUCCAUACACUCCCCUCCUCAAGAGCCGCGCUACAGAGAUUUUAAAACGUCAGAUUUUUUUGUUUGUUUUGUUUUACUGUUAAGUUAUUGUAGCUGCCCCCCCCCCCCCCCCUAGUCAGUCUUCUGGGACUCUUAUUGUUGCACCUUUUCUCGAGGAUGAGAGAUAUUUCUUGUGUUCUGGUCAUCAUUACAAUAUUGUUCUGAAUUUGUCUUGACUUUUGGAAUUGGUCUUUUGCACCAGGGUGUAAAGGCUAGGCAGUUACUCAAAGGUCUUUCUUCAUGUUUGCUGUUGUUCUGCGGCCUUGCGGUUCACUGCUUGGUGUUAUUAGGCCAACAUUUGGUCAUAGAUGUGAUGUCGACACUUUUGCCUGGCGUCAGGUGUUGGGCUUUGCACUGCGUGAAUAAACGAAAUCUAUUGUACGUGAGAUGUUGAAUUGUUGCGCCUAGCUUGGUACAAGUGCGGCCAUCCUGGUGAACUGUUCUGCUGCUCCAGGAUUGAAAAGACUUGGUCAACAUUAUUUGCUAAAUCGGGACUGGUAUGGCUAAUAUUCUCAUGGCUUACACAAAUAAUGUAGAAAGCAACCUUACUUUUCUUAAUGGAGUCGUUAAAGUCCAUACAAAGCUGGUCAUGUAAGAGUGGUUCCCAUAGAAUUGGCUUUAGAUUGAAUGUGCAAGUGAUGCUAGCAAGCUGUACCUGCAAACCUGGAUUAAUGUACUUUUAAAAAGAGUGCUUGUAGUGGCUACAUGAACUGUACUAUGAGAGCAAAAGAGGCUAAGAGGUCCGGAUACACACGGCCAAAUUCGCACACCUAAGCCCGGUUCAGGAUGCGCACCCUUUGAAAUUAGGUUUUGUGAGUACACACAAAAUAAUAUAGGCUUCCAUGAUAUAUGCCCAAGCCUUGUCUGGUGUCUACUAUUAUUAUUCCUUGUGUUUACUAGAGGUCUCUUGUAUUUCCUGGUUUCUUGUGAGCUAUUAUGUUAGCACCGUUGCCUUUAAAGCUGCUAUGUAUACAAAGAAUGCCUUUUAUGCCAUGUCCAGUUUCUAGGCUACUGAAUAUUUUAGUCGCAAAAAGCGCUGGAGAUAAAAGGCAUUCUUGUUGAGUUGUAAAAAAAGAUGUUUUGCUUGCUGCUUUGUCUGUGGUCGCUGUAAAUACUCACUUCUCCAGGGUUGCCACCUUUUCAAUUGAUUCAUUUCUCUAAGGUGCGUUAUCAGGCGGAGCUUUGCCAACACAAAGAUGGAUGCAGAGUAUUUUUAUAGUGAUGCUGCGUUCAUUGUUUACAUCUGAAGGCAUUCUAGUCAAAUUAGACCUGGCGGUAGAUUCGGCUUUUUUUUUUUUUCUGAGCCACAUGACUAAAGCGACAUUGGCCACUUGUCUGGAUUUUACAUAGUCGUGCUUCGGUUUUUAGCUACCAAAAUCGUCUCGGUAGGGUCAUUUGAUGCCGUUUUGCAUUUUCGGGGAAAGUCGUGAUGUAUUACAUACCUCAUCAAAAUAAAUACAAGACUGGUGGUCACCCGUAGUUGUGAUAGGAAGUUAAUAACAAUGUAGAUAUACCUUGUUGUCGUUGUGAGGGCCUAUCUGAUUGGGCACAUCGAAGAAGACAUUUCACAGAAGGAUUCUUUACAAUUGUCGUGUAGAAGCCAAGGUAAAAAAACCUUUCUGCCUUUCCAAUCUGGUGAAGAAGGAAGACCAGCGAAGGUGUACUAUGGCUUCCGUGGCACGAUCGUCGUCCGUGGCGUUGGCCCGCCGGCGCCGGUCACAUCGCCACUUCUGUUCUCAGGCACGUUCCAGGCGAGUGAUCUGCUCUUUCGCAAGUGAUUCGGAAGCACUCGUCGCAGUGGAACUCGAGGCGAUAGGGGCUUCGCGGCGUUUGCGCAGCCAUUCGCGCUGCUGCGCACGCCGCCGUUCCUUCCAUUUCCUCUCUUCUUCCUCCGAACGAACGGUACGCGGCCGACCCAUCCUGAGUCCAAAAGGCAACUGAUAAGAUCGCUGGCGCGACCUUGACGUCUCGGGACACAGGACACACACGAUUGGUAGGUGAGACGGUGACGUUUUAUUCUAGUAUGGCCGCGCCAAUCACGGGGCGUGCUCGAUGGCACGUACACAGGUGGCCGCUGACGCGGACUCCGGGGAAAAAGGUUCUCUGGUUGCCGCCGUCGCUCAUAGAUGGCGGGAGCUGUCUAGAGUUUUGUGUCAACACGCCGCUUGUCCGUGGAAAAGUAAUGGUCGGCCGCAAGUCGGCAAGCCGGUUGUCUGGUUGCCGCCGUCGCUCAUAGAUGGCGGGAGCUGUCUAGAGUUUUGUGUCGACACACCGCUUGUCCGCGGAUACGAUAGUGGGGGAAUUAGCACUUAACAGCUUUUCUGUAUAAAAAACGAACAAAAAACUUGUCAUCUAAGCCCUGUGAACUAUUACAACGUGCCUUCCUCCGCUCUGCAGUCUUUCAGUUGUCUGACUGCUUAUUGCUCUGUACCUGCCAAAUGAAAUUCCUACCACAACUGUGCUUGUUGUGCAAUGUGUGCACAUUGGUGUUUGCAUUCCCAAUGUUUGUAUGUAAGAACUGUUGCCGUUCCAUUGUUUGUUACUCUUCACGACGCCCACGUGCGCUGCAGUUGCAUUGUUAGUACCUUGCGCGUAGGUCGUCGCAAUCGCGUCUCAUUUACACCAGAUGGGCUGUCACUUUCUACAGUUUAUAUUUCUGUGUUUAAAUAAAGCUGUUUCGCAAAAUCC